GUGGAUGUAACGUUUUGUAUUUUGUCAAACACUUGUGUAUGGGAAGCAUAGAAAAUGCAUAUUUCUCUAACGAGCUUUUUUUGCUGUUUUGUAUUCUUGUCCACGUCACCGGGUGUCGUGAUAACGUCAGGGUUCAAAGGUCAUGAUCGGGUCAAGCAGGAAAAUUGGAGGUCGACCCCGGACUUAAUUACCGAGCUUCCAGGGUUAACCAAUCUACCAGAGUUUAAUAUGUACUCGGGUUAUCUGGACGCCUCGGAUACGAAGAAGCUUCAUUACUGGUUGAACGAAUGCGUCGAUUCAUCGUCAAACAAGUUAAUGAUUUGGUUCAACGGAGGACCAGGGUGUAGCUCAUUGGACGGAGCUUUUAUAGAGAAUGGGCCGUACAAGUUCAACGAGAAGACUGGGAACUUGGAGAGGAAUCCAUAUUCGUGGAACCAACUCGCCCACACAUUGUACAUUGAAUCCCCUGCUGGUGUUGGCUUUUCAUACGAUAUUGAUCCUCUAAGCAGAUAUAAUGACAACAUUACUGCUGAGACGAACAUCCGCGCUUUGGAAAGUUUCUUUAUCAAGUUCCCAACAUUUGCUACGAUGAAUAUUUAUCUAAGUGGACAGAGUUACGCUGGUGUGUAUGUACCAACACUAGCUGCUGCUAUUGUACAACAACAAAGCUGGAUGGCUGCAAAUCUGAAGGGUAUCUUGAUCGGCAAUGGCCUCAUGCAUUUCUUAUACAACCAUGCUUCUAUCAUGUACUUCAGCUACUACCAUGGUUUGUUUGAUAAAACAGAAUGGGAAGAAUUAAAGAGGGUUUGCUGUGAAACUGCAACAGUCGAAUGCAUGUUUACAAGGUUUACUGAAACUGAUUGCUUGAUGCAGUUAACAUGGGCCCUGCAUGCUGUGUGGAAUGAUGGGCUGAAUAUUUACAACUUAUACGCUCCUUGUAUGAGUGAACCACAGGCAGAGAUGUUCAAAGUCAAGUCAAGACCUUUGCUUGAAGAUGUAGCCAGGUCGAGAUUUGACUCAGUACUUGAAAUGACAAAACCACGAUCCAUGGGCCCAUUAUCAUUAGUUCCUCCAUGUUCAAAUGCAUCCAUGAUAACCAAGUAUUUUAACCGAGCUGAUGUACAAGAAGCUAUUCAUGUUCGACCAACCUCAUGGCAAUUAUGCAGUGAUGUUGUACACAACAACUACUACAAACAAGUUGAAGACACAGGACCACAAAUAAAGAUGAUACUUGAUGCCUUGGAAGAUAUUGAAAUACUUCUGUUCUUUGGAGAUGUGGAUUUGGCUUGUAACUACUUAGGUGGGGAGUGGUUUGUGGAUAGACUUGGCUUAGAGUUACAAACUCCAAGGCGUAAAUGGACAACCAGAGAUGAAUAUGGACAAGUACAAGUGGCUGGCUUCUACAAAGUUUAUGACAGGUUGACUUAUGCUACAGUCCUGGGUGCUGGACAUAUGGUGCCUCAUGAUAAACCACGUGAAGCGUAUGCAAUGUUUGAACGAUAUCUCAAUGAUGAACCUCUAUAAGUAUUAUACCAUCUACUGAUCAUCUGCAAAUACAUUGUUGUAUAUCUGUGUGUAUUUCAAAUCUAAGACUCCCAGAUCUGUCAUGUUCAUUUGUUUUGUAGAUAUUUGUAAAGUAAAACAUUCCAUGGUCCAUUUUUUAAGCCAUUCUUAAACGAAUAGGAAUUUAAUCCUGGUUUAACUAAAUUUUAAAACAGAUGGUCACCAAGUUGGAAAAUGAUAGUGUAUCUUUUUAACUUUGCAAUAAGUGUGUUCUGUCUGUUUUAUGAUUAAGUUUAUUUAUGUAUUAAACAAGCUUUUUAUCUUUUAUUUGGAUUGUGUGUUUAAGACCCUGUUUUUUUUAAAACAAACCAGUUCUUCUUCACUUUUAUUAAAACCUGAACCAUUUAUUAAUAACUCUUUAAUAAACACAUUUAUUGCACAA